AUGCACUACACAGACACGCACUACACAGACAUGCACUACACAGAUACCGCACAACACAGACACCGCACUACACCGCACUACACAGACACCGCACUACACAGACACCGCACUACACAGACACCGCACUACACAGACAUGCACUACACAGACAUGCACUACACAGAUACCGCACAACACAGACACCGCACUACACAGACACCGCAGUACACCGCACUACACAGACACGCACUACACAGACACGCACUACACAGAUACCGCACAACACAGACACCGCACUACACAGACACCGCACUACACAGACACCGCACUACACAGACACCGCACUACACAGACAUGCACUACACAGACAUGCACUACACAGACACCGCACUACACAGACACCGCAGUACACCGCACUACACAGACACCGCACUACACAGACACCGCACUACACAGACACCGCACUACACAGACACCACACCGCACUACACAGACACCGCACUACACAGACACCGCACUACACCGCACUACACAGAUACCGCACAACACAGACACCGCACUACACACUACACAGACACCGCACUACACAGACACGCACUACACAGACAUGCACUACACAGAUACCGCACUACACAGAUACCGCACAACACACACGACACCACGCACUACACAGACACCGCACUACACAGACACCGCACUACACAGACACCAGCACUACACAGACAUGCACUUCACAGAUACGCACUUCACAGACACCGCACUACACAAACACCGCACUACACAGACACCGCACUACAGACACCGCACUACACAGACACCGCACAACACAGACACCGCACAACACAGACACCGCACUACACAAACACCGCACUACACAGACAUGCACUACACAGACAUGCACUUCACAGAUACGCACUUCACAGACACCGCACUACACAAACACCGCACUACACAGACACCGCACUACAGACACCGCACUACACAGACACCGCACAACACAGACACCGCACAACACAGACACCGCACUACACUGCACUACACACACACCGCUCUACACAGACACCGCACUACACAGACACCGCACUACACAGACAUGCACUACACAGACACGCACUACACAGACACGCACUACACAGACACGCACUACACAGACAUGCACUACACAGAUACCGCACAACACAGACACCGCACUACACAGACACGCACUACACAGACACGCACACACAGACACGCACUACACAGACACGCACUACACAGACACGCACUACACAGACACGCACUACACAGAAACGGCACUACACAGACACGCACUACACAGACACGCACUACACAGACACGCAGUACACAGACACGCACUACACAGACACGCACUACACAGACACCGCACUACACAGACACCGCACUACAAAGACACCGCACUACACAGACACCGCACUACACAGACACGCACUACACAGACACCACACCGCACUACACAGACACCGCACUACACAGACACCGCACUACACAGACACGCACUACACAGACACGCACUACACAGGCAUGCACUACACAGACACGGCACUACACAGACACGCACUACACAGACACCACACCGCACUACACAGACACGCACUACACAGACACGGCACUACACAGACACGGCACUACACAGACACCGCACUACACAGACACCGCACAACACAGACAUGCACUACACAGACAUGCACUACACAGACACCGCACUACACUGCACUACACACACACCGCACUACACAGACACGCACUACACAGACACCACACCGCACUACACAGACACCGCACUACACAGACACCGCACUACACAGACACCGCACUACACAGACACCGCACUACACAGACACGCACUACACAGGCAUGCACUACACAGACACGGCACUACACAGACACCGCACUACACAGACACCGCACUACACAGACAUGCACUACACAGACAUGCACUACACAGACAUGCACUACACAGACACCGCACUACACUGCACUACACACACACCGCACUACACACACACCGCACUACACACACACCGCACUACACACACACCGCACUACACAGACACCACACUACACAGACACCAGUAUCUCCCUCCUCCUGAUAACAGUUAA